UAAAGCUAUGAUCUACGAUUCCAAAGAUUGUUCAUUAUUAAUAACCUCGUUUAGAUGCUGGUUAUGGUUCUACAGUAAAAUCCUAACAAUAUGAAGAGAAAAAAGAAUAAAAAAAAUCCAUUCUGUCUAUUGGGUGUACUACGGCAGAUAAGUUGACCAAUGUAAACUGUCCGGCCGUACAGCUUACAUUGGUUAACUGCUCUCAUCAAAUCCCCGUACACUUGAAAAUCCACCUCGCUCACGCGUCUCCACCCCAUCGCACACCACCCCGCCCCUCUCCUGCCUGCGACAUGAAAUUUGUGUCAGUGUAUGUUAGCUAGCAAAGCAGCAACAUCUCACUUCACUUAUGGAUAAAAAACUAACCGAGAGCAGCAAGCGGCCCCUGCUUGCCUCUACACCAAAGAUUGGACGAAAAAGGAAGUCUAUAGAGGAAAGAGCAGAGGUUAAAAAAAAAUGUGAAGAACGCCGGACUCUUAGCAGAAUCAAUAUAGGGUCCGCCAUUGAUCGUUGGAGGAAGCUUCAGGUAGAUUUGGGGCUGAAAACCGACGCCGACACGGCAAACUUUUUGUUGAACAGGUAAGAAUUUACUUAUACUAUUGUAGUGUUUGUGAUGUUACCUAAAUAUAUUUUUGUCAGUCUUGCAACGUGCUCAUGCUGCCGGUCGGCAUUGGAAUGUUACCCGUUUAGCAUCGCGUAUCGCGGGUCUAAGUAAUUAUAUUUACAAAGAUUGUGUGAGGUGUUACAUAAUUAUCUUUUCAUUAGUCUGACCACAUGCUCAUGUUGCCAGUCGGCAUUUGAAUGUUAGCCGUUUAGCAUCGCGUAUCACGGGUCAAAGUAAUUACGUUAUAUUUACAAAGUCAUUUCUUGAAGUGCUUGAAUAUAUUUCAAUAGGCCUAACGUUAGCGGUUUUCUGUUCGAGCCGAUCGGAAUUUGAACAAGAUGCGGUGUGUACUGCUAUAACAAUUACUCAAAACCUUAGCAAUACUAACUAAUAAUUAGUGCUAUUUGUAUAAUAUUGCAAUUAAUGUGCGCUAGGUAGCACUUUUGACCAGGGUAAACGAGGCUUAGGAGGGGAAACGUAUGCCAAACUUUGUUGUGAAAGUAAAUGACGUCAAUCAUUCAUAUUGGUAAGCGUUCAUUCCUUCAAAGCUUUAUGUGUUUACUGCUUUCAGCUAUGAGAGAGGACCAGUUUCAUCUACUCCAAUGAAGAUGGGAUUCAAAGCCCCACUACCUCCAGCAGCUUCAACCAUUUUUUCUUCAGAUACAGACCGUGCUGGUGAAUUCUCAGAUGAAGAUAUUCAUGAUCUGGCUGUUAUCAAUCUCCAGGGCACAUCAGACAUUCAGACGGUUGAGAGUGUUGUAACCCCAGGUCCAUCUGGUGAUAUAGAUGAGAAGGAAUUCAACGACAUUCAUAAUUCCAUGAUUGAAUGGGACAGUGAUGAUGACACCUGGACUCCAGACAUGGACUUUGAGUCGGUUUCAUCAUCAGAUGAUGAAGAUUCUGAGGAUGUUGAUGAGAUUGGGGAUGAAGAUGUGGAUCCAGACUACAGGCCAACCAUUCGUGUGAAGACGGGUGGUGCUCUAAAGUCCAAAUUAUCGCUGGACUCUGUACAAGUCGUUUCUAUGGAAGAAACCGUGCAUGACGAACCAAACAAGGACUCUGAUGCACAGACAGACAUGCCCAAUGAUUCUUUGAGAGUCGUUGCAGUAGAAGAUUUACUGGAAAAGUCAGGAAGCAUUGUGUAUCACAGUAAUCUUCAACAACUCAUGCAAAACAUGCAUCUGGCUGUCAAUGUAUGUCCACAUAAAGACAGUCACAAUAAACAGGAGUGUAAGGCACCGGGUCCCUUUCCAGUAAAUAUCAGGUCCAGAGGAACGGCGGCUGUAAUGGAGUGGGUAUGUCCUCACGGGCACCUUGUGUGGAAAUGGGUGUCACAGCCACAGUUUAAACACGGGAUGCUGGCUGGUGACUACAUGCUCGCUAUAAAUAUCCUUCUUUCCGGAAACAAUUACCGCAAGAUCUCCCUGUUAUUUCAAUUUAUGAAGUUGGGGAUGGUGGACAGGUCCAGCUUCUAUCGCAUCCAAGAUGCUUUCUGUGUAGACACAGUAGAAGAGUUUUGGACAAAGAAGAGAAAUGAAGUCAUCGGCCAAGUGCAGUCAAAGGGACCUGUUGUAGUUUUGGGCGAUGCAAGAAUGGAUAGUCCCGGGUUUAGUGCACAAUACUGCACAUAUACAGCCAUGGACAACGGUACCAAGCAAAUAAUCAGCAUGGUGAACAUUGACAAGAGGCAGACCAUGAGAAAUUCAGUGGCAAUGGAGAAAGAGGGAUUUAUCCGAACAGUAGAAAUCCUUCGAAAGGAACUGGAUGUUGUGGAGUUUUGCACAGACGCACACAUGCAAAUAUCAGCACUUUUCAGCACUGGAAUAUACAAAGAUUGCGGAAUUCGACACACUUUGGAUAUGUGGCACGGCUCCAAGUCGCUGGCAAAAAAAAUUCAAUCAGCAGGACAACAAAGAGGGUGUAAAGAGCUCGUGAACUGGACAAAAGACAUUUGCAAUCACUUUUGGUACUGUUGCAAAUCAACUGAGACAUAUGAGGAGUUCUUUGAACUAUGGUCAGGUGUCCUGCACCAUGUAACUGGAGAGCACGAGUGGGCUCUAGGUGCCUGCCAGCACGGUCCAUUGCCGGAGGACAGGGAAAAGGCGUGGCUAAAAAAGGGAUCAGAGUCACACUCGCGACUAACUGAAUUAGUCCUCGAUGCUCGCUGGCUCAAGAAUGUGCACAAAUUCCUGAACUUCAGGUCCACUGCUGAACUCGAGUCCUUUCACAAUCACUUGUUGAUGUAUGCCAGCAAGAGGUUCAGUUUCACACCGCCUGUGUAUGCAGCUAGAGCUAUGCUUGCUGCUAUAGAUUACAAUUACCACAUCAACCGACCUCCUAAGAGAAAAACGGAUGGGUCUUUACAGUACGGAAAAGUUUUCAACAAAAAAUCCCGGAAGUGGAGCCUAUACGUCAUCAAGGAGGACAAGGACUACGCAUACAUCAGGGACCUUCAAAGCGCCAUCAUUGAAAAGAAGCUGUCAAGCAGCGCUGUGCCAAGGAAGUCGAAGAAGAGACCAGAUGACCCCCGUCAGUAUGGUGUCUUGUCUGGGAUUCCUGCUCCUUCUACCGGAGAACUACUUGACACUCUAGUCAGUAGAGGGCUUGGUCAGCCCCUUCCAAAGUAGGCUGUAAUGACGGCAACAUCCUGCAAUACAAUACCUUAGCUUUGCACUAUUUGGCACAAUGCCAUUAUUUUAUUACAAUAAAGUCAUG